GGGCUCUCAGUGAAACCUUUUCCUGGGGGUGCACGUAUCUCCGGAGGCGGGACUCCCUGUUUACGUGCCCCGGAAGCGGUGCUCUGUGGGAAACGUUUCCCGCGGACUCCUGGCGGCGGGAACCUCUGCGGGACCCGUAGUUCGCAAUGCGCAGGCGCAUUGCCUGGCGGUACAUUUGAGUGAGAAGGAACGGGUGGAGAGGGAUUCGAGAGAGAUAGGGGAGUAUUGUGAUUAUCUGCCGGUUUUAUGGGAACUGGGGCAAUACCGUAAGGGGUGGGGGUAAUGAGACAUUAGAUAUACCGUGAAAAAGAGAGGACCAGAGGAAUAGGAGCGAGUGAGAGAUAACCCAAGGACAGGGUCACACGGGGGGGUGAGAGUGGGAAAGUGAGCUUCUCCCUAUGUAUCUACACAAGGGGACAACUAUAAUCUCGGGAUUGUAACUGAAAAUCAAAUGAGAGAGGAGCUCAUGUAUAAUCUAGGUAUUGGGACAGAUAUUUCUAAACAGUUUGAGUUUGACACACCGCGAAUUCAAAGCUGCUUUGUUCUGCUUAAUUAUGUUGAAGAAUGAGGCAAAUCAAGAAUUUUACAGUGACCUGAUCAAUUAAUGGAUUGUGAGCUAAUUAUGUUAUAUUUGAUAGUGGGUAUACUAUAAUUGAGAUUAAUUAUAUUUAUUGAUAAAGAAUAUUUGAUAUCAAAAUACAAAAUUGAGGUUGUGAAAAGAAAUAGCACUUAUAUUAUUUAAAAAAUAACAAUUAUUGAUGAGGGGGGUGAAACAGACAAGCUCGAUUUUAGGUUGAAGCAUUGAAAUAGUAUUUCUAAGGGCACUGGAGUUUAGCAAUAAUUGUUGUUAGUCGAUGAUCAUCCAAAAAGACUUAAGAUAUUAAGAGCAAAAUCUGUUCGAAGGAAAAUUUUAUGUAGUGGAAGCUGGAAAAGCUACAUAACAUUAGACCUGACAUUUUGACUCCCUGAAGUACUGAAUCAACUUGACAAUGGAAUAGAUGCAAUGGAAGUUAAAGAAGUCUCACUGGUCCGUGAUUAUGACCUAGAAAUUGGAUGAUACAAAGACUCCUGUGUUCACCUAUGUCUUCAAGUGAACAACAACAUCAAAUUUUGAGAGAGAGAGACAAAACUAAAAACCGAUUGAAUAAGUUGUGGAAUUGCAUUGAAAUCUCAGUUUCAGAAAAUGAGAAGAAGUCUAGCCCCGAGUCAGCUUGCCAAACGAAAGCCGGGACAACUAUCUGAUGAUGAGGAUGUGAGUCCAAAGCGCCGCAAGCUGGUAUGUGAGCGAGACAAUGGUGAAAAUUUUGUGUCACCAUUUCGGAAACCGCUAGCACAGCUGACUAAUCGACCUGUGUGCCUUGACAGCAGCCAGCAUGAGGCUUUCAUUCGUAGCAUCCUGUCCAAACCUUUCAGAGUGCCUAUUCCAAACUACACAGGUUCACUUGGGCUGAAGGCAUUGGGAAUUAAGCGUGCAGGAGCCAGGCGAUCUCUUCAUGAUCCAUAUGAAGAAGAUGCUUUGGUACUUUAUGAACCUCCUCCUCUGAGUGCACAUGACCAACUAAAAGCUGACAAAGAGAAGCUACCAGUACACGUGGUGGUCGAUCCUAUCUUAUCCUCUGUUUUAAGACCACAUCAGAGAGAGGGUGUGAAGUUCAUGUGGGAUUGUGUGACAGGUCGUCGUAUUUCAAAUGGCUUUGGCUGCAUUAUGGCAGAUGAGAUGGGACUGGGGAAGACAUUACAGUGCAUUUCCUUGAUGUGGACGCUCUUGCGACAAAGCCCAGAUGCCAAGCCGGAAAUAGAGAAAGUCAUUGUUGUGACUCCAUCCAGUUUGGUGAAAAACUGGUAUAAUGAGGUUGAGAAGUGGCUGGGAGGAAGGUUACACGCAUUGCCUAUUGACGGAGGAACUAAGACAGAGAUUGACCAGAAAUUAGCCACAUUCAUGAACCAGCAUGGGUUACGAAUUCCAACUCCAAUCCUCAUCAUUUCUUAUGAGACGUUCCGGCUACAUGCUGAUGUGCUCUGCAAGGGUUCUGUCGGCUUGGUCAUUUGUGAUGAGGGCCACAGGUUGAAGAAUUCAGACAACCUGACCUACCAGGCUCUGAACGAUCUAAAAGCUAAACGACGUAUAUUGAUCUCAGGAACUCCAAUUCAGAAUGACCUCCUGGAGUACUUCAGUCUUGUACAUUUUAUUAAUGCAGGAAUACUCGGAACUGCACAGGAAUUUAAAAAGCGAUUUGAAUUGCCUAUCUUGAAAGGCCGGGAUGCAGAUGCAAGUGACAGUGAAAGACAGCAUGGAGAGGAGAAACUAAAGGAGCUGAUCAGCAUUGUAAAUAGGUGUUUAAUUCGAAGAACAUCGGAUAUUCUUUCCAAAUACCUGCCAGUGAAGAUUGAGCAGAUUGUCUGUUGCAGACUCACGCCUCUGCAGUCAGAGUUGUACAAGCUGUUCCUAAAACAAGCCAAACCAGCAAUAGAAAUGGAACAAGCUCACAGUGGGAAGAUGAGCGUCUCCUCUCUAUCUUCAAUUACUUCACUAAAGAAGCUUUGUAACCACCCAACAUUGAUCUAUGAAAAAUGUGUGGAAGGUGAGGAAGGAUUUCAGGGAGCACUCAAUCUCUUUCCAUCAGGAUAUAGCACAAAAUCUGUGGAGCCUCAGUUGUCUGGCAAGAUGCUCACCCUUGAUUAUAUUUUGGCCAUGACUCGAAGUACUAGCUCUGAUAAAGUGGUGCUAGUAUCAAACUACACCCAGACUCUUGAUUUGUUUGAGAAGCUCUGCAGAGACAGGAGAUACCUGUAUGUUCGAUUGGACGGUACCAUGACAGUGAAAAAAAGGGCUAAAAUUGUGGAACGUUUUAAUAAUCCCACAAAUCCUGAGUUUAUCUUCAUGCUGAGUAGCAAAGCUGGUGGCUGUGGCUUGAAUCUGAUUGGUGCAAAUCGGUUAGUCAUGUUUGAUCCAGACUGGAAUCCAGCUAAUGAUGAACAAGCGAUGGCUCGUAUAUGGCGAGAUGGACAGAAGAAAAUUUGCUACAUCUACAGACUUUUGUCGACAGGGACAAUUGAGGAGAAGAUCUUCCAGCGGCAGACUCAUAAAAAAGCUCUGAGUAGCUGUGUAGUGGAUGAGGAGCAAGAUGUGGAACGACACUUCUCCCUUGGGGAACUUAAGGAGCUCUUUACUCUAAAUGAGACCACAGCCAGUGACACGCACGAUAGGUUAAAAUGUCGCCGUUGUGUAAAUGGACACCAGGUGCGUCGUCCUCCUGAGGGCUCAGACUGUACAUCCGAUCUUUCUCAGUGGAAUCAUUGUGCAGAUAAACGUGGACUACGAGACAUGGUCCUUCAGUCUGCUUGGGAUGCUGCCAUUUCCUUUGUGUUUCAUCAUCACUCGCAUGAGCAACAGCAUGGAGUUAUAUAAGACGGACAAUUUCAGAUACAAAUUGUAGUGAAAAAUGACUUCUUGUUAACCAAUGGCAUGUGAAAUGAAUUUCAUGUCAGCCCAGUCUGCUUGAAUACAGAUUUGACUGCUGUGCUUUCAGUGGAGCCCAUGAAUUUGAAUGAGCAUCAGCAGGUUCCUUGGUCUAUUUUCACUUCAACCUAUAAUUGUAAAUUGAAGCGCCACUGCCUUGUGUAUGUGGUUAAAAUAUUCACUCUUGGAAAUGCUCUUGGACAUUGUUUAUUUUCAUUUGAAAUACUACUGAGACUUCUCCCCUGUAACAGAACAUGAAGGACUGGACAUCAUAUUACACAGAGGAGAUAUACAACCUAUUGUGAAUGGAGAAGUGUUUUCCUGAAAUGUUUUGUAAAUAUUGUUUAAGGCAUUGUUACAUUUUGAUCUACAGAGGAAAUCAAUGUCACUAAAGUGUGGAUAUAGUUUUUUCAGUUUCCCUUUGAGAAAAUUGAUUUGACAAUUAAGUCAAUUUGAGUAUCUAAUACAAUCUUUCUUGACUGUCACCUUUGCCCCUACAAAGCCAUUUACAUUAUCUCCAGUGUGUUACUGAG